CCUGAAUUUGACACUCUUUUUGGAAGCCUUGCCUCCAAUUCAUUCCAUUCCCCUUUGCGCUAUCCCCUCGGACUCAUUCCUUUUCCUUUGAGUCUUGGUGGGUCAUGGAUGCAUUGUGCUCGAAAUGCCGGACUAUUUUCUCCACGCCCAUCAAGGGGAGGCUAGCCUCACCUUCUUCCCGCAUGCCCCCAGAGACUCUGGCUCUUCACAGCGAUAGUAUUGCUUCUCUUUUUGCUUCGAAGAGCUUGCCAUGUCAUCUAUGCGUCCUCCUUUGGGAAGCAAAGCCUGACCACUUUGAAUUUUUGCGACAGACAGAAAGCCAUCUGCAAGUUCGCCAUGAUCUGGGGAGGGCUGAAGUGAGAUGGCGAUGGGAAAAGACUCGUUUCCUGUCCGGAGCGGGACCAAGUGGUGGUAAUUUGCCGGAUUCUGGAAAGAGGUUAACAUUUAUCAUAUGUGACGGCAAUUGGCGGGAGUAGACUGGUGGGACACACAAAAAACAAAAUAUGGCCACGAUUUGGUUGUGUUUGGGUUGACCAAAGUGUCCGCUAUAGUCAAAAAAAUGGAGGCGGCGUUAUAUAACAUCGACGAUGUUUCGCCAUCGACAAACUCCGAGAAUUGUGUUCAAUUAAUGAAGUCAUGGAUAACAAUGUGUAAAAACCGAACUCUCGGUACCAU